AUGGCGCCUGGGCACGGUGGUAAGCGGAAGCGCGUUGAGCGCUCGCACUCCGGGGAUUCGACAAGCAAUGACAAUCUGCGACCUUCUCCCCAUCGCCCCGGGAACAUGAACAUGGCGCAUCAUCCUACGAAUCCUAGACAUCAAUCACCCUCACAAGAACCAAAUGACACGCGCGAGAAAUCUCGCCGGCAUUCACAUUUCGGACGGGCUGGCUCCCGACGCGGGUCUCACGACAGCCCAAAUUUUUCGAACCCGCAGGCCAAAGAACCGAACGCGAUGUCGCCUCCACCGUUUGUCCAGCCCAAAGAAACAGCUUCCAAUGGCGACUUAGCUGCUCCGCAACCUACGACAUCCUCCACACCUAACACCCCUUCGCAGCAGCACGCCAAUCUGCCCUCCCGCGCCAGCUCCGAGGUCGCUGCCCACCGUCCUCCUCCUCCUACAUCCCCUUACGAGUACGAAUUUGUCACUGAUGACGCUGUUGAGGAUUGGAUAUCUACCGGCAAGCAAAGAGUGGUGGAAGAAGGCUCAUCAGCUCGUGUUGCACAGGACCUUCCUCGGCUCGCGUCAGUCUACCAAGAGCUUUUGCGCUCUGCUAUCUAUGGCCGAUUGUCACCUCCAGACGCAGGUACUGCCGUGAAAGAGAUAAUCGGUGAUCAUGAUGUGCCUGAUGUGGAUAUGGAGGUCGGCAACGGAACUGCUUCGACUUCUGAACUUGACCCGCGCUCUUUAUUCCUCGAUACCCUUUCCAUCGUGACCGAUACAGACACCUCAAACCCAGUCCUCAAACCACUUGUAUUUGCGACCGGAAUCGACGCAUCUCUAAUGCGCCUGCAGCUUGAGACACCACUACUUCAGGCCCUGGGGCUGGUUCGCGAAACCUUUGCGCGAAUGGGCAUCCGCAAGCAGACGGAUCUAUUGUAUCGACAAUCCAACUACAACUUGCUACGAGAAGAGUCUGAGGGAUAUUCCAAGCUUUUGACCGAGCUAUUCACUACUAGCAAUAACGAGCCUCCAUCGAGCGAAGUGGUUGAAGAUACAUUUGAAAGAGUCAAGGCCAUGAUUGGCGCAUUCGAUAUGGAUGUCGGCCGUGUCUUAGAUGUCACGCUGGAUGUAUUUGCUGCAGUCCUUGUCAAGCAGUACCGCUUUUUCGUGAAGCUUCUGCGGGCUAGCUCCUGGUGGCCAAAGGAAGAUAUCUUUCACACCGUCGAAAAUGGCCGUCACAACUCUGGUAUUCCCAAUUGGGCACUUCCUGGAUCAACUGGCUGGGUGACGACCGAGGAAGAGCGCUCAGCCAUCAUGCACGCGAAUGAAGAGCGCGACCGCCACUUCUGGGAUCGGGUGAGACAGGUUGGAUUGCGCGCCUUUUUCGAAAUAGGCCGCAAACCAAUUUCAGAUGAAGAAAAACAAAGAACUCUCGCUGAAGCGACUCGCGCAUCUUUCGAUGAGGAUGUAACCCGCUCGUGGGUCGAGGAAACUGGCACAUUGCCGCCAAAGGGCAACAGAGUUGCGGCUCAGCUUCUUGGUUUCAAACUACGAUUCUAUUCUUCAUCAGCGAGAACGAAAGCCGACGUCCUCCCCGACAACCUCAUUUACCUUGCCGCCCUACUAAUCAAGGUUGGCUUCAUCUCGCUUCGUGACCUUUACGCCCACCUUUGGCGCCCCGAUGACACUAUGGAUGUACUGAAGGACGAAAAGAUGACCGAGAAAGCAGAGCGGGUGAAGGCUGGCCGUCCAGGAGGCGGCACUAAUGCUUUAAUGAUGGCUGGCGCCUUGUCAGAUGAUACAGUUCCCCCUCCCCGCCUUCGCGACGAACCCCGAGUGGCAACCCCUGCGAAAGACCAAGAGUCCGAAAAGGGGGCUCCCAAAUCAGAGGAUGAGUUGCCGGACCCUUCAGACCAGAAGGUUCUCUUGCUCAAGAGUCUUCUCGCCAUCGGCGCGAUUCCUGAAUCACUGUUCGUCAUCAGCAAGUUUCCCUGGUUGAUGGAAGCAUACCCUGAACUACCAGAGUUCAUCCACCGAAUCCUGCAUCAUUCUUUGUCCAAAGUUUAUGCCAAUUUCCGGCCGGUGUUCACUACUGCCGAUUUCCCUGGGGCUCAGCACAUGGUCUCCUCCGAUCAAAACGGCCAAUCUAAGGGUCAAAUCGCACUCACACCUCCCCCUGCGAGACGAAUUCUGAGAUGGGCUCAACUGGAUAAAGAGGACACUAAUGAUGGCACCGAUUACCGAUUCUACUGGGACGACUGGGCCGAUAACAUCCCGAUCUGCCAGUCUGUAGAUGACGUCUUUGCCCUUUGUUCAUCUUUCCUCAACCUCUCUGGUCACAAGAUUGGACAAGAUGCAUCCCUCCUGGCGAAACUUGUUCGAAUCGGCAAGGGAAGUCUGGCCCAGGAUCCCUCCUAUGAGAACAGAACGCGCUGGCGUGAUCUCUGCAAGCGUCUUCUGCUACCCGCGGUUAGUCUGACAAAGGCGAACCCAGGUGUCGUCAACGAGGUAUUUGAUCUUAUCAGUUCGUUCCCUCGUGACGUCCGCUACAACAUGUACGCCGAGUGGUAUUCGGGUCAAACAUCUCGCUUGCCGGACAUUAAAGAAGCUUUCGACCAAGCUAAAGCAGAAACCAAGGACACUUUGAAGCGACUGAGCAAAACCAACAUUCGACCCAUGGCUCGUGCAUUGGCCAAGAUUGCUUACGCGAAUCCGGGAAUUGUCAUCACCGUGGCCAUUGGUCAAAUUGAGUCUUAUGAGAAUCUCAUUGAGGUUGUGGUCGAGUGCGCCCGCUAUUUCACCUACCUCGGCUACGACAUUCUUUCUUGGUCACUCAUCAAUUCGCUUGGCCAGAAAGGACGAAGUCGUGUUCAGGAAGGUGGUCUUCUCACCAGUCGAUGGCUGAACGCUCUCUCGACUUUCGCGGGUCGAGUCUAUAAGCGUUAUUCCGUGAUGGAUCCUGCUCCCGUUCUGCAGUAUGUCGUGGAGCAGCUUCGACACAACAACUCGACCGAUCUCAUUGUACUUGAGCAGUUGAUAAGCUCGAUGGCAGGUAUUAUUUCAGACAACGACUUCAAUGACGCCCAGAUCCAGGCCAUGGCUGGUGGUGAUGUUCUGCAAUCUCAAACUAUCCUGCAAUUGCUAGACAAGCGACACGAGUCCACAAUCACCUCUACCCGGUUGCUCAAGUCCCUCACUCGCACCAAACUUGCUGGACAGCUGUUGGUUGCCAUUGCCCAGGAGCGAUUGACUUGUGUUUACAACGAGAGCUCAUCAGAACUCAAGUUACUCGGCAAUAUCUUUGAUGAGAUCCACCGCAUUCUCACGCAGUACCUCGACUUACUUCGCAGCAAUCUUUUGGUUGACGAUUUCGAUUCCUUCGUUCCGGACUUCUCGUCCCUGAUCAAAGAUUUCGGAAUUCAGCCUGAAAUUGCCUUCUGGAUCAGACGGCCUAGCAUCGCUAAAAGGAUCACACAAGUUGAAGAAUCAAAACCCGGGAAAGGAGCAUCGCCUACUGAUAGUACAGUUGCCGCCAAGCCGAGCGGCGACAGUAUGGACACGGGCGAAGACCAGGCAGCGCCUUCAAAGUCGGAGGAUACAACCGCAGACAACGCCAUGGAUGUCGACAAAGCUGAACCAGAAGCCACAACUUCUGCCGAGGAGUCUGGCUCCCCUCAAGUGCCUGUUGUCAACGCCGACCCGCUGGCAGCAAACCCCGUUAUGCAAGACCUCAUUGACAAUGUCAAGUCUGCUUUGCCUGCGGAGACAUGGGAAACGAUUGGUGCCCACUUCUAUGCAACCUUCUGGCAGCUUUCCCUUUACGAUGUCCAUAUCCCACAGAAGUCCUAUGAGGACGAGAUUGAUCGACUCAAGCGACGCGUGGUGACCAUUAAUAGUGAUCGGUCUGACCUGAGCAUGGCGGGAACUUCGAAGAAGGAGUCCCACAAGAAGCAGAUCACGCAGCUGCAGGACCGGAUCUUGGAAGAGAACAAGAGUCACCUGAUGGCGUACGGACAGACACGCUCCCGAUUGCAGAAAGAAAAAGACAGGUGGUUUGCCGGCAUGCGUCUCAAGCACGAUUCUUUGAAUGUUGCCCUUCUAGAGCAAUGUUUCAUUCCUCGACUCCUGUUGUCCCCUCUCGAUGCUUUCUUCUGUUUCAAGAUGUUGAAGUUCCUCCACAGCUCAGGCACACCUAACUUCCGGACCGUGGGACUUCUCGACCAACUCUUCCGCGAACACCGACUCACUGCGCUCAUUUUCCUUUGUACCUCAAAGGAAGCUGACAACCUUGGUCGUUUCUUGAACGAGGUCUUACGGGACCUUACCCGAUGGCAUUCCGACAAGGCCGUUUACGAGAAGGAGGCAUUCGGGGCCAAGAGGGAUCUUCCUGGAUUUGCGAAGAACGUUGACCCUGAAGGCGUGCCCGUGAUGUUCUUGGAAUUCGAGGACUUCCGUCGUUUGCUGUACAAAUGGCACCGUUUGCUUUCCAACGCACUCAAGAGUUGUCUCAACGGCGGUGAAUACAUGCACAUUCGAAAUGCGAUCAGUGUCCUGAAGGGAGUUGUCCAGCAUUUCCCUGCUGUCAACUGGAUUGGCCGCGACAUCCUGAACUGCGUUGAUAAUCUGAGUAAGAAAGAUGAGAGAGACGACGUUAAGAUUCCUGCCGCCUCGCUCAUCGGUGAUCUCAACCGACGAGAGAAGAACUGGAUGCUGCCCCAAGCUUUCAAUCUUGUGGCAGCUCAGCCCCAGUCUGCCGAUAAAUCUGGAAAGUCCGGAACGUCAGGAUCUGCUACGCCCGCAUCUUUGAAUGCUUCAGCCCCAGAAUUCAAUCCCACAAAGCAAGUGCCGAUAUCUAGAGCCCACAUUACUUUGACUGACUGUUCGACCAUCAGCUCCCGGGGUGCCGCAAAGCAGACCCAAUCUGGCAAGACUGAGGUCGAAGAUGGUGAGAUUGAGGACGCGAAGAUGGGCGAUGCCGGUGAAGGGAAAGAUGACCAAGGCAAGCCCAGUGAGACUUCUCAGGCCGGGACUACCACACCUGCUGCUGCCGGCCUCGGCCCGGACGCUACAUCUGGAGACCGGUCAAGAUCGCGACCUAAUUCUCGAGCUCCCGCCUCAGGACACCAAGCUGACACGUCUAAGCGCCCUGACAUUCGUCAGCAAGUUCACCCUCCUGCCCGUCCCCCGCCACGCCACGGCGAUGGAAGAUUGCCACCGCGCCCCGAAGGAUUGGAUGAUCGUCGGGACAGGCACUCUGACUUCGGCCCUCGCGGUCGUCAUGGAGGCGGCCCUGAUCAUGGCCGGUCAUUUGAGGGUCCCGUAAAUGAUGUCCGUGGUCGACUCAACGAGCGUCUUGGCGAGCGUGAUCGCGACUUCCCCAUGCGACCUCCUGCUGACGAUCUCAUGCGCGGUCCUCCCCGGGAUUCCCGCGGUGGGCGAGAGAACGGCUGGCCCAUGGACCGACCUGGUCGUAUGCGCGGCCCUGGACCUGGACCCGGGCCCGGGCCCAAUGAUACUUUCCAUGGACGCGACGGUCCUGUGCGGGGAGAUGGCCCUGCACGAGGAGAGCUGAUGCCUGAUCAUGCGGACCGAUCUGUGGACCUUCCUCGGCGUGGCGAUAUUCCUAGACCAGAGAAGGAUGAUCGCAGACCUUAUCCCCAACGCCCUCUAUCACCACCCCGGGCUACUGACCUACCAAAUCGCCCCGAGCGAUUCCCACCUCCCGAUGAUCGUCGACCUCCUGUUAUGACUGGCUCCUCUCGUAUCGAUAACCUUCCUCGAGGCCCUCGCAGCGACCGACAAGGUGAUCCAAGAGACGCUGCCCCAGGCCCUGAUAUGAACCACGGCCGUCUCCGUCAACCUGAGCCUUCAUCCGAUAUACCUGCUGGACCCAGGAGACGCAAUGGACGCAACACAUCUGGACAGGCCCCACCGGCAAGCUCAGCAAAUGCUACUGUCCCACUUCCAGAUCGUCAGGCACCCACUGGGCCUGGCCGACAAAAUGCGCGCGCACCACCUGAACAGCCUGGUACUCCGCAGCAGCAACCUUCGGGUUCCGCCAGUACCCCCGGAAUUCAUCCAGAUCGCCUCAGGAAUCUUGUAGAUGACGUACCAUCCGGUGCUCCUGCUGGUCCUCGCAGUGGCUCAAGUCCACAACAAGUGCCCCGAGGCUCCGCCGGGUCCUCAGGUCCACCCAUGACCCCUGGGGCUUCCCCGCCCGCUGGGCCCGCUGGUGCAGGAUAUGGCGGAGAGCGUGGCCGUGGCGACAAACGGUUCGCCGGUCUCAACAACGUGCUUUCACAAUCCAAUGGUGGCAGCGAGCGCAGUGGAAACUCUCCAUCUGUUCGCGGAAGAGGCGCCAACCGCCAAUCGAGCGCCAUGGAGCCACCCUUGACUCAGCCUCCAACCCGUCCGCCUAUGGGCCCGGCAGGGUCUCAAGAAGAUCAACCCCGCAGCCGACCUAGCGGUGGUCGGGUUGCCGAUCUAAUCGACGACGUUGUCGCUCCUGAAUCCAACCGUUCUGGACGAUCUGGGGAUCGCAGCCGCGAAAUGGAUCCUACUCGCGAAAAUGAACCCGAGCGUCGUGAUGGUAGCAACAGCGGUCGCAACCGCCGCGAUGGCCGCCGCGGUGACCGUGAGCGCAACCGCCGCAGUGAUGUAGGCGGCAAUCGAGACGACAAGGAACGCAGUGGCGAGCCUCGCGAGAGUCUUCGCCGCGUUCAAAGCUCCCGUGAGGAACUUCGCCGCCGAGACCGCCGCGAUCGCCCUGACGGGCCGCCAGAAAUGAGUGGACCCCCAUCCAGCAGCACCAAUGCCCCUGAAAGCGAAGGCCGCUUACGCCCUCCCUCCUCGCAAGGCGCGCCGCCUCCUCCGCCGCCUCCUCCACCUCCACCAAUGCCGGCAGGAAAUGAUCGCCGUUUCAACGCCGGUGGCGAUCGAGGUCCUCGAUCCGACAACCGAGAUCGCGAGCGCGAGCGUCGUGGUGAUCGACGUGAUCGUGAUCAUAACCGUGAAGGCGGUGGCGGUAGCUCUGGACAUCGCAAGCGUACUCGACCAGGUCCUGACGACAACAAUGACGGUGGCCGCGGCAUGAGGAUGGGCAACGAUAGCAAGCGCCCUCGCCGAGGAGCCUGA